CCCAAUUCGAGGUUCCAAGUUUCAUGCAUGCAGAGCCUGCUACUACCUGUCGUCAUGUCCCCGCACAAACCAAGCUCUACCAGCCACACGUCAACAUCAAAGCAGCCCUUUUGGCACGGCGCUGGCAUCAGGUCAGCACUCUCCUCUGCCAUCUCCAUAUUCCAGCCUUCCACCUCGAGACCCAGCAGACCCCCAAAACAGGCCCAGGAUCAGCAACAGCCGCAGCCGCAGCAGCAGCACCAGCAGCAGGAAAAACUACAGCCUCGCCACGAGGAUCAUCAGCCUCAGGAACAAUUUGAUCUCAUCCCAAUGUCUUCAUCACCCACCCCUGAUGGCGAUCCUACGCACAGCACUUACGAGGUCAAUGUUCCUGUCCGCAAUGGACGCACAUCUGAACCAAAAGUCUCAAACCCUGAGAUUCGCAUACCAAGGAUAAAGCCAGUAUCAGAGAGCACAGACCAAACAGAUGCACACUCAAAAACACAAUCACAAUCACCUGAAAGGUUGGCUGCUGGUCUAGACGGCAAAUACAUCGAUGAGUUUGGCAACAUUCUAGACUGGGACGGUACUGUCCUCGGUCGUGUAGAAGGCGAUCUCCCGUCCAUGGUAGGACGACCAGUCAUGCCGAAUGGACAGGUCCUCGACGAGGACGGUGAAGUGGCUGGUCAAGUCUGCGAGAACUACAUCAAGCCUGCUCUCAAGCCACUUGCAGCAGGUGGACUCAAAGUCGAUGAUGAGGGAAACAUCUAUGAUGACCAGGGGAACAGGAUUGGCAAGCUCGACAAGCCGAUGCCGUCCCAAGACGGAACCGACAAACUUUCCGAGAACAAGGACAAGGAAAGGGAACAGGCCCAGGGUGCUGGGACUACCGGCACAACUAACACUGCAAACCCAAAGCCACCAGGUGCUCCAAGGCCUGACGAGCUGUUCCUGGACGUCAAGUCCACCUAUGAUGGUAUUCAGCUCAUCAUCAAGAUUCCCACAGUCUUCAAUAGGAACCUUGUAACCGAGACAAAGAGCAGCGGUAGUCAGACUGAGACAACAGAUAGCGAUAAUCGAUAAUCUACUUAUUUUUUUUCUUGG